GAGUUCUCUGAUGGAGGCUACGGAUUGGGAAAGCUCUUCGGGAGGAGCUAGUGGUGAUGAUGAAAUUUACGAGCAAGAUGUAGAAGAUGAAGAAGAAUGUCUGUGUGCAUCUGGGAACAUGCGCAAGUUGCAAUUUAGGAAGCAUGCUUCAACUGCUCGAUGGAAUGAUCAAAUGGGAAUGGCAGAAGUUUUAGAGAACAGGGGUAGCCUUUGGACGACAACUGGCAUUGUACGUUGUGGCAAGAUUUAUUGCUCCUUUGAGGAAACUUUAUUUCUUAUGGAAGUUGGGGCCUUGCAUCUUCUGGAUCAUGAUAAUUCAAGUCUUUCUUUGAAAGAUGUAUAUAAGAAGGUAGCUGAAGGAAAAAACGGAUGUCUUUGGGAGCAGUUUGAGGUUUAUAGACACCUCAAGUCUCUUGGUUUCAUUGUUGGAAAGCAUAAAGUUCCUUGGUCUGUGAAGGGUGUUAGGAAUGGCAGUGACAUUUCUCCUCAAAGUUCUAUUGAGAACGAAGGAGCAUGGGAUUUGGAAUCAAAAGAUGAGAGGUCGAUCUCUGAACUAUUAAGUUCCAUUCAGCUCGAUCAAGUGAUGCCCAUUUUUGAUGUUUUUCUUCCACAUAGCAAGUUUAGAAAGUCUUCUCCUGGUGACCCAAAUUUUAUGGUCUGCUUGACCAGGGGAUAUCCACCUCCAAAGAAAGAUAUUGAGUUUCUUGAGAGAACAUCCAGAGGCAUUCAUAUAAAAUAUUGUCAUGUAGAACAUGGGCGUGUCUGUUUCUUUUCAUUUGAUAAGUUGGAGCUUCCUGUCUUACCUUAGGCAUUGUUGUGGAUUGGUCAUGUAAACUACUAUGGUAAAGCAUCCCUCUAGAGCUGAAGCUCUGCUAUUCCAAGAUUUACUUCUUUGGAUUUGUUUGGUAUGUGAUUUUAAAUCCUCUUUUAUGUU